AACUACACUGCAAUUAGUUUCUGGUGCAAUCUCCCCCCGCCCCCCACCCCUUUUACAGGAACCUUCGUUUCCUCAGUUGCAGGACUUGCAUUAUUAUUAUUGUUAUUAAGAAUAUUUAUAUAUAAUUUAUAUAUACCACUUCAGCAAAAAAAAAAGAGAGGAGUAAUCAACAUGAUGUACAUAACAAAAGGAACAUUUCCCAUCCUAAAGGAGCUCACAGUCUAAAAAAUAUCUUGAAAGGCUGCAUGUAAAACUAACAGCCUUGGGAGCACAGCCGUAAGCAUUGUGUGUGUCACCCAACAAACAUGUCAGAUUUAUGGUCUUCAGAGAAUCAAACUAAUCCUCGGUUUUGUUUUCUUUCCAAAAUCCUCUGGAUUUUAAUCAUGCCUCACUGGCUGUAUGUAAACGGAGAAUGGGAAUUCCAUUUGUUUAAAUUUUUAAUCUUUAAAAGUUGGUUGUGCUGCUAAAUUUUAGAGGUUGUUGCCACAAGAAGAGACCUAAACUUCACUGCAUGUGACAAAUUUUUUAGGCUUGUUAGGUCUAAUGUGAAAAGCCACCGAUUUAUUAUAUAGCUGCAGUUUUUAAAUGUGAUUUACCUGUGAAAGAAUGCCUAUUUUGUGAACAUUUUCUGCUGAAAAGUGCUGUGUAUGUUUCCAUUGUGUAGUAUGUGAAUCAAAUUGCCUGAAAACAUUAGGUCUGAAGAUCUGCAGAAGAAAAUCAAUGAUUUCCCCUGAAUUUCAGAAUUCAGUGUGUUGCCAACUGUUACUCAUACUAUACCUAUGGGGGUGGGGGGUGGGAUUCAGUAAUGUAACUGUUAUAGUUCUCCUAAAAUGUUACUUUAAAGAUAGCUGAAGACCACGCACCCCCCAUUGGCUGAUGUGAUUAUGACAUCACUGUCCACAGCUUCUCUGGGGCAGAUGUACUGCAACUUAUUCUACUGGUUUUAUGCCUUAUUCUUCCAACUUUGCUGCCAACUAACAGGCCCCAAAAUUAUUAAAACGAGCAAACUGUUAAAAGUGAGAAUUCUAAAGCAUUGCUCUUAGCCUCUUCUGGCCACUAGAGGCAUAAGGAGUUGUGUUAAUAGGUCUGUCUUGGUCAGUUAGAAUCAGGACUGUUCAGUUGUUGUUGAAGGCUAGUGCCUGUUUGGGUAUGUUGUUCAGUGUGUCUCUCGGAGAUGGGAUGCAGUUGUAGGACUGGUACUGAGAGUUAGAGGAAAUCCCCAUUCUACCACAGACCUGAAAACUGAGUCCAGUUCUUUCUUUCUUUCUUUCUUUUAUUUUUAAAGCAGCACAAUUCUGACUGUAUUUUGCCAGCUUGGAUUCUUCAAAAAUGAACAAUCAGUCCUUGAAAAUAUGAGCCGUGACAACAUUCACAUGGUCCUGGAUACUUUAUGUUUGUGCUGCCACCGAAAAAACUGGCUUCACUCUGAGGGGAAAUGCUUCAGCUGCAGCAAAGUGCACACUAAGGACUGAAAUCUGUUUGCAUGCCAAAGGACCCCAUCAUGAAUAGGUAUACAACUAUCAAACAGCUGGGAGAUGGGACGUACGGUUCUGUCCUCCUAGGAAGGAGUAUUGAAUCAGGGGAACUGAUUGCCAUUAAGAGGAUGAAGAGGAAAUUUUAUUCCUGGGAAGAAUGCAUGAAUCUUCGAGAAGUUAAGUCCUUGAAGAAACUCAACCAUGCCAAUGUGGUGAAACUGAAAGAAGUUAUCAGAGAAAAUGAUAAUCUGUACUUUGUAUUUGAAUACAUGAAGGAGAACCUUUAUCAGUUAAUGAAAGAAAGGAAUAAAUUGUUUCCAGAAUCUACCAUCAGAAAUAUUAUGUAUCAGAUUCUUCAAGGGCUUGCAUUUAUUCAUAAACAUGGGUUCUUUCAUAGAGACUUGAAACCUGAAAACCUCCUUUGCAUGGGACCAGAACUUGUGAAAAUAGCAGAUUUUGGACUUGCACGGGAAAUUAGGUCCAGGCCUCCCUACACAGACUAUGUAUCCACCAGAUGGUACAGGGCUCCUGAAGUGCUCUUGAGAUCCACCAACUAUAGUUCUCCCAUUGAUAUUUGGGCUAUUGGUUGCAUAAUGGCAGAAGUUUACAUGCUCAGGCCACUCUUUCCAGGUGCCAGUGAAAUUGAUACUAUUUUCAAGAUUUGCCAAGUACUGGGGACGCCAAAAAAGAAUGACUGGCCUGAAGGUUACCAACUUGCAGGUGCCAUGAACUUCCGGUGGCCUCAGUAUGUACCAAAUAACUUGAAGACUCUCAUCCCUAAUGCAAGCAGUGAGGCAAUACAGCUCAUGAGAGACAUGCUGCAGUGGGACCCCAAAAAGCGGCCAACAGCAAGCCAGGCACUUCGAUAUCCUUACUUCCAGGUUGGCCAUGCACUGGGCACCUCUCGCUGCGUUCAGGAGCUGGGAAAGCAACAGAGAGACCUUCCCGAUAAAGCACAAGUUCACAUGAAACCCAUCCCGCCUACACAGCCUCCACCUAAACCACAAGUUCUCCUUUCAUCCAGACCGUUCCAACCAAACCAGCCUUCCCACCCCUUGAUAUAUCCAUACAAAGCAGACUCCUCCACGAGUGACCAUAUAAGAGAGGACAAGCCUAGUCAGAUGGUUUUGCCCAAUAUUCACAGCAAAAUGUCUCAGCAGAAAGCAGCUGUUGUAACAGAGAAAACAAACGACGAACUCAAACCAAAGAACAGACGUAGAUGGGGACAUAUUACUGGAAUGCAAAAAGGUUCUGAGGAGUGGGAGGACUUGGAAGAUGGUGAUGCUAACUCUUCCCUUGCCAGAACUGAUUUUAAAAACAAAGGACAGAGUGACGAAGUUCUUUCUAGAUUUGAAAGUAUUUUGGAUCUGAAGACUUCUGCCUGCAUAGGGACUGGCAACAGUGCACCUUCCUACCUUCGACAGGACACGCCAACAUUACAAGUUUCUGCAGCCAAACAGCAUUACUUGAAACAUUCUAGGUAUUUACCUGGAAUAAGUACAAGGAAUAAUUUAGUCUCCAAUUCAAGCAAAGAUUCCACCCCACCUAAUCCGUGGCCCAAUUCUAAUUUGACUGGAAAGGCAUUGGCAGUAGCAGAAAGCAUCACAAGGCUGAACUCCAACCACACAGGAUCAAGUGGGAUGACAGGUGCUUGCAUCCCUUCCUUUCCGAACAAAGAAAUAGGCUCUGCGGGCCAGAGAGUUCAAUUAGCUCCAAUUCUUGAUCCAUCUCCUCAGUACGUUUCUCUAAAGGCUGUCAGACCUCAUAUGUGGAGGCCAUCAUUUAAUAUACCUAUGAAAAGCACACCAGGGUUCCUGCCACGCCCACCUCCAAUUCAGCCAGUCCAUGGACGAAUUGACUGGUCUUCAAAAUACAGUUUUCAUCGGUGAAUGAUGCAUUUUGUGAAACCAUGGCCAGUGAUAGAACAGUGUCCAACAACAUUUUAUAAGCUGGCAGUUCUGCUGCUCCUUGUCUUCUUAAGACCAAGACAUUUCAAGACUCUUUUAAGGGGUUUUAUUUUUAGCUGUAUGUAUUUGGAUGCAAUUUUGUACCUUUUGGGUAUUAUUUUUAUUAUGUGAUUGGGGCCAAUUAUUUUCAUAGGACCAAUACAACAUUUGUAUAUCAGGCUUAGAAUGGUUUUUUUAAUGACACUUUUAUACUAUGAACGUUGAAAUUAACUUUUAUAAAGAAAACUGUUUUCCCUUUUGGCAUCACUUUUUAUAUAAGUGAAUAAAUGUAGCAAAUUAAAGCAGUAUUUAAUGUAGUUAAGGUGCAGUUAGAAGAAAGAAAAGGGCAUUUACCAAAUACUUUUUUGAUGUUAAGUUCUGAACAUGGCAUGUUAGGCAAGUCACUACUUAAACUUUACAUACAGAGCUGCCCUUUUAACUCCAAAAUGUAAUAGCCACAUAAGUCCUAUUCAGACAUUUGUGAGCAGAGCAGCACAUGGUUACAACGGGAAAAGCAGGUAGGAAGUUCUGUCCCAGCGCUGUCACUUGCCUUCUCCUGUGAGGUGCUGAUGGUUAUGGUGCCGUUUGAAGAGGGAAGCACUGUAACCAUGGUGGCCAGGUUACGGAGUGAUCAGGGUUGCUGCUUAUGGAAACUUUGGCCAUCACAGAGGGGUGUAACUUUAAUUGAGCAGAUGGGUUCAAAGAACCUGGGGCACCCAGCUCCACUCCUCCCUGUUUUCUUCAUUAUCUCCCUCACUCUAGGGACAGCCGGGGAGAGGGGCAAACACGGGCCCCCUCUCCCCUAGCUAUGCCCCUGCCAUCACAGUUACAGUGGUUCCCCCUUCAUACAAACUGCUCUGUAACUGUGAGCACCCAGCAGGAGGGGAUGAGUGACAGCUCCUCUCCAUUUUUGCAGCCACUCUUGGAAGAGCAGAAGGUUUCAAGUUCCCUCCCUGGCUUCUUUUAUUGUUUACACUGAUAUUCCACUCUUCCUGCAAGGAGCUCAGAGUGGUGUACAUAGUUAAGUUUCUCCUCACAACAACCCUGUGAAGUAGGUUAGGCUGAGAGAGAAGUGACUGGCCCAGAGUCAUCCAGCAAAGUAUCAUGGCUGAAUGGGGAUUUGAAUGCAGGUCUCCCCAGUCCUAGCCCAGCACCUUCUCCAAGAUAGGGCUGAGAGAGAUUCCUGCCUGCAACCUUGGAGAAGACGCUGCCAGUCUGUUAAGACAAUACUGAGCUAGAUGGACCUAUGGUCUGACUCAGUAUAUGGCAGCUUCCCAUGUACAUCACAAACACCUGAAUAGGGCUAUAUUAUUACUGGAUUCUUUUUUGGUGUACAAAACAUAAACAUGAGUUUGGCAUAAAAUUAAUGUCUUUCACAUGAUUGAGAUUUAUUAGAGCUGUUUGUAUGAUCUGAACAGGGUCAGGCGGGAACGCUUUUCCUGGAUUGCAGUAGUUUAGACUGCAGGUAUGUUGCAGUAUGUUUGGGCACUUGCCUGUGGCGUGCACACACACAAAAGCAUUUUUCAUCCUACUUGCAUUAGAAAAUUGAUUUUGUGAGGAAAAGGGAUUCAGCUGAGCCUCUUCACUCUAUGCUGUGGACAGGCCGUUUCCCCCCCAAAGAAAAAAGUUAUAAUCUACAACUCUCCAUCGCCUGAACUGAUACUCCUCAGGAUAAGCUUCACCACUUGACUCUGCAGAUUCUAUAAACUGCUAAAAGGGAAGAUGUUUGGCAGCCCUAAUUCCUAAGCAGGCCCUUAUCCUGACCACAUGCCACUUCAGACUUAGCUCUAGCCUCUUUUCACAGGGAAAAUGAACUAGCUGUAGAUGGAGGCAUUUUGAGUUGAGUUGUGAAGAAUAUGUUUUAUAGAAUCAUAAAGCCCUUGUGGGAUAUUUAAAGCAAUAUUAAGUAUGACAAAGCUGGUUCCUAGAGUAAUAUAAACCAAGUAUUAAAGAUUAACACCAGCAGCAAAGUUAAAGAUUUUUUAUACAUUCUGCUGACUAGAUACUUUUCCAUGGCUUGACUUUUUCCUUCCCAAAUGCAGUGCAGCAGCUUCUGUAUAGGGUUGAUAUAUAACUAUGUCCUUCACAUAAUUAGAGGUUUAUCUUAAAGAAUGAGUUAACAUGGAAAUAUUUUUAUAGUACAAUCUUAGAUCCGAGUUCCUUCCCUUCUAAAGGUCAAGGCCAAACUUCAGUAGAUGACAGACAAAAAUCUAAAAGUUGAAGUUAUAAAAUGGUCAAUUACAUUCUAUUCUAUGCCUUGUUUUUAAAGGAAAACAGCCAGCUUUUGAAGCUGUGGUUUUAGCUUUGUUUAGCUGAUGCCAUACUAUUCCUUUCAUCAGAAAAAAAAAGUCAGGUAAUUCAUGUCUAUGCAUUUCACCUCACAGAGAAUGCUGAAGAUGGUCUUUUCUCAGGAAGAAAUGGUGACCCCCAAGUAGGUGGGGUUUUUUAGUUUUAGUCCAUAAAGCUCUAUAAACAGGACUUCUUCAGGGUAGAAUUUUGUUUUUUCACAUACUUGUUCUAGUUUUUAGUAGGGAUAAUAAUUAACCGUGUUUCCAUUGCAGCUUCUUUCUCCUCCAAAAGGCAAACACUGUAAAUAAGAAAGCUAAAAUCAUAAGUUAAUUUCUUCCUAUUAGGAGAGAUUCAAAUGAACAACUAAUAAGCUUACCACCUCUUCUCUAGGAGGUUGCCCUUUAAAUCUCCAGGGCACGUUCCAGACUAGACCCUGCAACGGGGUCAGGAUGCAUCUCGGAAGUAUACUUCCACACUUCUUGCGUCCUGACACCUCAGUCCCUACACAGACAGCAGGGGGCUGUCCACAUUUCCAAUGCCUUGUUUCGAGUUUAACUGCUGCAAAAUGGAGCUAUGACGUUGUACAUCUGGCAUGGAAAAGUUGCUGUUUUGUCGGGUUGUUUGUUUCUGUGAGACUGCUCCCCCUUCUGUUUCUGUUCUGAAUGCGACUUGCCCAAAUGGAGGCAUUUUGCUGCUAAUGAGCAGGUAGUCUGGAAAGUAGUGGGGAAGGCAGGCAAUCCUACCUAGCCUUGUUAUCCAUACCUUCCCUCAAUGGCUGCUGCACGGAACUUCUGGAAGCUUCUUGCCACAGCUGAUAGGAAUAUGAACAACAGGACCACAGGGAAUGGGCUGGCAGAACUUAGUUGCUUUCCAGGAUAAGAAAUGGGAACCAAAACAGCAGAGAUGGCAAUCAGUGGUUAAGCAUGGCAGCCAUGCUUUUGAAUGGUCUCCCUUGUCAUGAGAAAGAUCAUAGCUCACCAUCUUUCUAGUAAUAUUUAGGAAACCAAAAUUCUUUCAGAAGUUGAUGAACCAUGGUCAGAUGUCUUCAAGGUGUUACAUCAUUAUGUUUGUUAAACGAACAAUAACAAACUUCCCCCUCCCAAAAGAACAUCACUUAGGAUAUCCCCACGCAUCCUGUAUGACUGCACCAAUUUAUGUAUGACUGCAACAGAUUAUCAUGGGAAGCAUGUGGCCUAACAAAAUUUCUCCAGUAGUAUAAACACAGCCAACAACAUCUGUUUCACCAGCCUACAUACAUUUAGCUAUAUUUGGCCGAGAAGCUUAUAAUAUGAAGUGACGACAAUCUCUAAUGGAGUAUACACAAAGCAUUAUUCUCUUUUCCACUGCAGUCCUUUGGAGCAACUAUUUCUGGAUCUCUCACUAUAUAACUAUGAAGUUGAUGAAUUAGUAAGGAAGUAAAUUUGAGCCAUUUUAAAUUCUGAAAUGACAUCAUUUUCAGAAAGUUUUCCUUAUUGACAAAAUAAUGUUGAAGUGUGUGUGUUAAAUCUGUUUAAAUACGCUUACUUUGGGGUUGCCAUUUUUAGAUUCUUUGUGUAAGCUGAUUAAUAAACUUUUCAGGAACUACUGCAGUAAACAAGAAAGUAAAUUAGUUUUUAUGCUAUAUGGGGAAGUGAGUUGAUGGGUUGUUUCCUUUGCUGACUCAUGGAAGAUUUGUUUUUUUUUUUAAAUUUAAUAUUUUUUAAAAAAACAAAUAUUUAAUGAUUUAACUGAUCCUCAGUUGGGGCAAUAGUUUUGCUUGAUUUAAAGCUGCAAUCCUAUGCACAAUUAUAUAGGAGUGAACCGCACUGAACACAGUAGGGUUUCCCUCUGAGCAAACGUGCAUUGGAAUAGACUACAUUUUUAAGUUACUAAGGACUAAGCCCCUUUUGAAUUAAGUGGAACUUACUUCUGAUUACAUAUGCUUAGGAUUAUAAUGGAUGUAUCACAGAAGUGUUAUGUUAUUCGGAAAAUUAACUUAGCUCCUUGCCUAAGUUUGAGAGGUGCCAUAUUAGAUUACAGUAACACAAGUGUCAGUGAGUGAGUGCUCCUUCAUAUGGAUCACUUCCGAUUGAAUUCUAUUGGCCCUAAUGCUUUUAGUUAUAAUUUUUUUCUUGUCCAUUUGUAAUUUAAAGAGAAAUUUUUCUGAAUUCCUCAAAUGGCAUACAAGCACAAAAUGAUCUUUACUUCCAAUGGCUAACUCUUGAUAAAAUAAAUGACAGUGCUGCUUAAAUUUGAGAAUCAUUCUUGAUUUAUAAAAAUCGCAUAUUAAUACUGAUUCAAAUUUCUGUAAAGCACAAUACAAGCUAAAUAUUCCCCUUUGUAAUAUCUGGGAUGACUUUUUUGUGUUUUUAUAAUCUAUUAUUUGCUUUGCUUGCUGCAGAGUAGCUUGCUUGAAUCUGAAAACUAUAAAAGAUACCUCUAUUAUGAAGUGAGGUACACUCACUCCUGUUAUAUGAAAAAGAACAAGUUUGUUUUUAAAUAAUGUGCAUCAAAAUGGACACAAUCUCCCUCAUUCCACCUGUCAAUUUGAUUUUUUUACAUUUGCAAACCACCUACCAUAAGCUGCAGUUCUAAACAAAUUUACCAAGGAAUAAGCCCCACUGAACUCAGUGGGACAUCCUCUGAGUGAACAGCGUGACAUUCUUCUGAGUGAACAGAAUAAUUUUUUGUUUGUUUUACUCAGUUUCCUUCAUUCAACAGGAGUAUGCUAGUAUACACAGUUCUUGAGCUGUUGUGGGGUUUUUUUUUUAGUUGCUAUCUGUUUAUUGCUUUAUCAUUACAGUUAUAACAAGUGUCAUGUUUUUCUGGCAGUGCUGAAUAACUCCAUUAUACUAGCACUACAAAUCUAACACUGUGGAUUAUUGCAGCCAAGGAAUGCUUAACAAAUAAAAUAAAAUAAAAUAAAAUGUUGGGUCCAACUGAGAAAUGUAUUGAAAAUUUAUACACUGUUAAACGUGAGUCAACUGGUAUGAUUGGUAAACUAAAACCCAGCAUGUUUUCUACUUUGGGUUUUUUGCACGUUUUAAAAUGUUUGUGUUGUUAACCAUCCCAAAAUAAAGUGGUUUUUAAAAUACUGA